CAAACACAUGAUCAUUACCACUCCUACUUGGUAUAUGUUGUUCGUUCUUUCGGUUUUACGCAGAAAUGCUACCUCCGCAAUCGCAUUAAAAGGUUUACAACGAAUUACAGCAACUAUGGCGACAAAACGGCCCCAUUGUCAGCGUCUGAUUGGAAUGGAAGGUUCCCAUCACAAAGUGAACGACGUUGUGGUCGCUGGAAGAUCUGUCAAGACAGCCAAGCAACAUGUCUUUUUCUUCGGAGGGGAUGUUCAGGACUAUGAAGAGAAAAUGCAUGUGUGUAAUUCAGAGUAUAUCGAAUGGAAUGUAGAGGCAACCGCAGAGUUGCUGUUUCGGCGAUUUCCAGAAGGAAUGAUAAUGGUUGUGAAACCCAAAACUAUGUACUUAAACACAUUCAGUAUAUUCUCAAACUUUGUUGACUUUUCCGAAACAUCAGUGCCUACACAUAGAGAAGACUAUGGUGGACUCGUUCAUUUGGUGAAACUCUAUUCAAACAUACUUAACCGACUUCAGUCUGGAGAUCAUGAUCCCGAGAAUUCUUGUGAUAAAUAUACCUGCAACCCAAAUGUUGACAUUAUUUUGAUUGGAUUUAGCAAAGGAUGUGUCGUCCUUAAUCAAUUUAUAUAUGAAUUGAACUUGGCAGAUCUCGAGAAGAAUGUGAAAGCAUUUCUGGAAAAGGUGAAGUCAAUGUAUUGGCUAGAUGGUGGACAUAACGGGGUAAGCAACACCUGGAUCACUGACCGGCUUUUACUGAAGCAGUUAGCAGCUCAAAAUUUUGAAAUAUAUACCCAUGUGACCCCUUACCAAGUCAUGGAUCCCAUGAGGGCUUGGCUUGGCCAGGAACAGGCAACUUUCGUGAAGGAGUUGAAGGACCUCGGUGCAAAUGUAAAAAAUUUUGAGCAUCAUUUCAAAGAAAAGCCUUCUAUUGAGAAACAUUUCGAUGUUUUAAAGCAAUUUUGAUCGUUUUGUUAAUUCUUAGAAAGUUUCGAUAAUUUAAGCAAAUCAGAACUCAUCAUUAUGCUGUUUUACCAGUAUAUCUGAUCUUAAUUGAUCUUUGAUGUGAUUAUGUACUUCCCUAUAUUCAAACUGAAACAAAAGGUUAUAAGAACAAACUAAGGAGGGUGCACUAAUUCCCACUGAUUAUUUGUGUAGCACCUUUUACUUGGGAUGUUUUUUAGAUUGAAACUAUUUUGUCAUACCUAUCCAUGAUUUAUACUUCAUAAACCUUGCUUUCAACCUUUUUUUUUAAAUUAUCAGUGUUCAAUGAAUUUUUUACCAAUUGUUAUUAAAGCUAUUAACAGAUGAUUUUUAUUUUAAAUAUUUUAUACAUAUUUGUUGUUAUUUAUGUGUUUGCAUGAAUGAAUCAUGAUGAUAAGGGAAAAAAAUUGUUGAAAAAAAAUCAUUGUGUAAGCAAAUAGGAAAAAGUGAAAUGCUUCACUUUACUAUGGUGGUGGUGAAGUCAAUACCCCACUCCCCCUCCUGAUCCACCCUAAAUUUUCCCACUCCAGACGUAUUUGUCAUUAUUUAUAUGAUUUUAUGAAUGAAUUAGGGUGAUUAGGGAAAAAAAUGUUGAAAACAAUGAUUGAAUAAGAAAAUAGCAAAAAUGCUUUACUUUACCUUCGGUUCACUUCACCAUUAAGUAUUUAGACCCUGGUUUAUUUCCCCAUGCUUCACAAUAUCAUGCUACAACAUUCUAAAAUUUGCUAUUUGAAUUGUCUAGCAUAGAAAUUCACCAGCAUUGGGAUUUCCUUUCCAGUUUCUCAAACUUACUCCUUCAAAAUGUCAUUGAUGCAUCUUUAGAGUUUCCCUGUGAUGCUUUAAACUUCAAAUAUUGGCAAUAAAGGCAGAUCCUCAUUAAAAUCGAAA